GCAAGAUUCCGAGUAAGGCUAAUGUUUACAGUGAAAAGGAAAGGCGGAUUUAAGCGACUAUGACAAAAUUACGGAAACUAGAAAUAACUUUAAACAAUCCUCAAGUUGUCUAUUUUCCGGGACAAGUUAUCCAGGGACAGGUUAUUAUCGAAUUGAGUGAUGAUAUGAACAUGAGAGACAUCCACAUUUCAUGUGAAGGGAAAGGACAUGUAGAAUGGUCAGAAGGCGAUGACAGCUACUGGCAGUCGGAAAGAUAUCUCCAUACAGUGCUCAUGCUUUAUGAAAGCAGUGCAUCCAGUGAUGAUGUUACACUGCAGGCUGGGAACCAUUUAUUCCCAUUUCAGUUUGUACUUCCGGUAAAUUUACCUGGGUCAUUCGAGGGAAAAUCACGCUGUUAUGUGCGUUAUUGGCUGAAGGCAACCAUAGACCGACCAUGGAAGUUUGAUCCUGAAUACAAGAUGUUGUUUACUGUAGGAUCAGUUUUGGACCUAAACACUGAACCAAAUGCUCUUGCUCCAGCACAAGUAUCCGAUUCAAAGACAGUUUGUUGUUGUUGUUGUGAGAGCCAGCCAAUUACAGCAACAUUUCGAAUUGACAGGAGUGGUUACGUUCCUGGAGAAUCAAUCUCCUGCAAUGCAGAGAUACAAGAAGGGACUGGGAGAGGAGUGCAUUCAUCAAAGAUAAAACUUGUAAGGAAAACAACGCAUCGUACACAUGGCGGUUCUAAGGAAAGUGUGUAUAACGAAGUGGCUCAACUACAGCAUGGUGGCAUUCCUGCUGGGGGCUCAGAUAUUUGGAGCGGGGAAAGAAUACAAGUCCCCCCAUUACCUCCAUCCUAUUUACCCUACUGCAGUAUAAUUGAGAUAGAUUAUUAUGUAGAGUUAGCAGUAGAUGUUUUGGACACACCAUUUGAUCUGAAACUGCAGCUGCCCGUUAUUAUUGGAACUAUACCUCUCCAGUCAGUUGUUAACCAAUAUAUGCCACAGAUACAGCCAGGAACCAUAACUAAUCAACCAAUGGGAUUCAGUGCUCCAGUGAACUUUGACCUACCACCGCCAGCGUACCAUGAGUGUGUGUUCGGAAAGGUUGAUACGACAGAUGAUGAUGACAAAAAUGCUGCGGGAAAUAUGAAUUUUGCACCAUCCUACACGUACUAUGACUGGAUGAGUCCUCCUCCACCUAGUGCUCCUCAAAACUAAUAACAUAGUUGCUAGUGUCCUUUUAACUUCUGAAAGGGUACCAGAUGCAGCCAGCAUUGACUCUUGCAAAGUUGUCAUUUAUUUUUAAAGUUCUUUUCUUUUUUGGAUAAAAACUAUAGUUUUUAGCUCACCUGUCACAAAGUGACAAGGUGAGCUUUUGUGAUUGCGCGGUGUCCGUCGUCCGUUCGUGCGUCCGUAAACUUUUGCUUGUGACCACUCUAGAGGUCACAUUUUUUGUGGGAUCUUUAUGAAAGUUGGUCAGAAUGUUCAUCUUGAUGAUAUCUAGGUCAAGUUCGAAACUGGGUCACGUGCCUUCAAAAACUAGGUCAGUAGAUCUAAAAAUAGAAAAACCUUGUGACCUCUCUAGAGGCCAUAUAUUUCAAAAGAUCUUCAUGAAAAUUGGUCAGAAUGUUCACCUUGGUGAUAUCUAGAUCAAGUUCGAAACUGGGUCACAUGCCAUCAGAAACUAGGUCAGUAGGUCAAAUAAUAGAAAAACCUUGUGACCUCUCUAGAGGCCAUAUUUUUCAUGAGAUCUGUAUGAAAGUUGGUCUGAAUGUUCAUUUUGAUGAUAUCUAGACCAAGUUCGAAACUGGGUUACUUGCCAUCAAAAACUAGGUCAGUAGGUCAAAUAAUAGAAAAACCUUGUGACCUCUCUAGAGACCAUAUUUUUCAAUGGAGCUUCAUGAAAAUUGGUCAGAAUUUUUAUCUUGAUAAUACCUAGGUCAAGUUCAAAACUGGGUCACAUGAGCUCAAAAACUAGGUCACUAUGUCAAAUAAUAGAAAAAACGAUGUCAUACUCAAAACUGGGUCAUGUGGGAAGAGGUGAGCAAUUCAGGACCAUCAUGGUCCUCUUGUUUUGUUAUACAUGUAAGUAAGACUAAGUGCAAUAAUUACUGAACCUUGCCAUUACCUCAUAUAUGAUGAAAUGUAUCCAACCCUGUAGGGUUUUAAGCUCACCUGAGCCAAAGGCUUUGGAUGAGCUAUUGUGAUGGCUCAAGUCCAGCGUCCGUCCGUCCACACUUUCUUUGAAACAACAUCUCCUCCUAAACCAUCAGGCCAAUUUUGAUGAAACUUUACAGGGAUAUUUCUUGGAUGGUCUUCUUUAAAAAUUGUUCAAAGAAUUCAAUUCCAUAUAGAACUCUGGUGGCCAUGGCAGCCGAAAGGAAAAACUUUAAAAAUCCUCUUGUCAAAAACCACAGGUCAUAGGCCUUUUAUAUUUGGUAUGUAGCAUCAUCUAGUGGUCCUCUACCAAGAUUUUUCACAUUAUUCCCCUAGGGUCAAAUAUGGCCCUGCCCUGGGGGUCACAUUGUUUACAUAGACUUAUAUAGGGAAAACUUUGAAAAUUUUCUUGUCCAAAACCACAAGGCAUAGAGCCUCAAUAUUUUGCGUGUGACAUCAUCUAAUGGUUCUCUAUGAAGAUUGUUCAAAUUAUGCUCCUGGGAUGAAAAGAGGCCCGUCUCAGGGGUCCAAAUUUUACAUAGGAAAAAAACUUUAAAAAUCUUCUUGUCUGAAACCAAAAGACCUUUGAUAUUUGAUAUGUAGCAUUACCUUUUGGUUCCUUAUCAAAUUGUUCAAAUUAUGCCCCUGGGCUGAAAAGAGGCCCCACCAAGGGGGUCUCAAGUUUAACAGAGACUUAAAUGGGAAAAAAAUUUAAAUAUCUUCCUGUCUGAAACCACAAUACCUAGGCCAUUGAUGUUUGGUAUGUAGCAUUGCCAUGUCGUUCUCUACCAAGAUUGUUCAAAUUAUGCCUCUGGGGUGAAAAGAGGCCCUGCUGCAAGGGUCCCAAGUUUUACAAAGACUUGUAUAGGAAAAAAAAUAAAAAAUUUCUUGUCUGAAACUGCAAGGCCUAUGCUUUGAAUGUUUGAUAUGUUGCAUUGCCUAGUGGUCCUUUACCAAGAUUGUUCAGAUUAUGCCUCUGGGGUAAAAAGAGGCCCUGCCCUGGGGUCCCAAGUUUUACAUAGACUUACAUAGGAAAAAACUUUUAAAAAUCUUCUUGACUGAAAGUUCAAGGCCUAGGCUUUUGAUAGUGGAAGAAAUUGAGCCUUUGGUGUAAUUUACAUAUGCUAUGUAUCAACUCAUUGAUAAUUAUAUUUACAUGUAUUAUUAUAAUCAUCUUUACUGUUACCAUAUUUAUAUACCAUAUUUAUAUUAUAAUUUGAUAUUAAGUAAGUGUUGUAUACAGAAAGUUGCUGUGUUGUUUUUACAGCAAUUUUGCUUUAUGUACAACUAUAUUUUACUGUUGUAAUUGUGACAUAUAAAUUAUAGAUCAGUCUGAACAUGUAUGUCCUUCUCAGUUUUAAACCAUACAUAUGUGCCACAAGUUUGGAAAAAGAAUCUUUUUAUAAGGCCACUCCAAAUUAAUUUCUUCUUAAUAGGAUUUUUUCCCCAUAAAAAAAAAACAGCAGCGAGCGAGCGAAAUAAAAAUAUAUAUAUAUUUUUUUUCUGAUUUCACCUGUUUUUGGAGCGGCCGAGGAACGAUUUGAAGAAAACAAACAAAAAACCUUGUCACAAGAAUCAACAAGAGCCAUGUUAGACAUGGCUAAUCCCCCCCUCGGGCAUAUUAUAAUUGAAGGCUAAAGUUCCUGGCAAGUUAGUGUCUAAAAUUAUUAAUUUUGGGGAAAGCUUUGAAGAACCGUUUAGUUGUGGUCCGCAUCAGGGGUUUUAAAGAUGUGGAAGAAAGAAUAAGUCAGUGGUGAGGUGCUUUACUGCUAAAUUUUAAUUUUCAUGAACAGUAUAGCUAGGAUGUUUUUCUAUAUCGCUACUGUAAAAAGAAGGAAUGGAAAGCUAACAGGGAACAAGAGUGCCAAAAUGUCACAAUAUACGCCCGUCACAGCAAAUUUCUUUACUCUAGCAGCUGUAUUUGCAAAUGGAAUUUUAAUUUUGCGGUUGUUUAGUAAUCACUGUAAGUCUUUUAAUUUUCUAAGUCCACAAAAAAACUCCUUACCAGGUGGAGAUACCUUCAAAUACACCUAAAAUUGGAAAGUAACAUCUAUGUGGUACCACAGAAAAGUGGUCUUGUUUUUUCCUUACGGUCAAUUUUAAAAAUGUUACAAUAUAAGUUAUUUAUAGUAACAACUAAGGGAAGUUAAUCUUAAAAAAAAAAAAAAAAAAAAAAAAAAAAGAUUGUAAGUCCACACAAGAAUCUUUACCAGGUCGAGAUUGGUCAAAAUACAUCUCAAAAUUGGAUGUAGCAUGCAUGUUGUACUACAAAAAAGUGGCCUCGAUUUUUCCUUACGACUAGUAAUGAAAAAGUUACAAUAAAAGCUAUUUAAAGUAACAACAAAGGGAAGUAAUUCUUAAAAAGGGAACUGCGCAUGACACUUCGUCUCAUGAUGGUGUAUAGUUGCCAAGUUACAUCAGAAUCCCUCCAUGCAUUGUAUCUGACCUUUGGCCUCUAAGUGUGACCUUGACCGAAGGCCUAGGGACCUGGAUCUUGCGCAUGACACUCCGUCUCGUUGUGGUGAACAUUUGUGCCAAGUUAUAUCAAAAUGCCUCUAUGCAUGAAGAAGAAAUGCUCCGGACAAGGUUUUCAUUCUUGUAUCCUUUGACCUCUAAGUGUGACCUUGACCUUAGACCUAGGGACCUGGUUCUUGCGCUUGACACUCCGCCUCGUGGUGGUGAACAUUUGUGCCAAAAUAUAUCAAAAUCCCUUCAUGCAUGAAGAAGAUAUGCUCCGGACAAAAUUUUUUAAGAAAAUAUGAUAAAGGGGAAUAACUCAAAAAAUAGGCAAGGUAGAGUUAUUGUUCUUGCACACUGCACUUCCUCCCAAUGUGUUCUAUCAGUGUAUGAAGUUUGAAGAAAAUCCCUCCAGUACUUUUGGAGGUAUGCUCCAGACAAAUUUUUUAAGAAAAUAAGAUAAAGGGGAAUAACUCAAAAAAUAGGCAAGGUAGAGUUAUUGUUCUUGCACACUGCACUUCCUCCCAAUGUGUUCUAUCAGUGUAUGAAGUUUGAAGAAAAUCCCUCCAGAACUUUUGGAGUUAUGCUCCGGACAAAGAUCAUUGUGGACGGACGGACAGACGCACGCACGCACGGAGAGCAUUUCUAAUAUCCCCUUCGCCUUUGGCGGGGGGAUAAACAAGCACUGCCAGAACAUAUCAAAAAGGCUUCAAAAUGCAUAAAUGAAGCAAAGAUCAUUUAGUACUGAAGGUUUUAUUUAAGCCGUGUGGCGGCUGUAAAAAGUCUCCCCGUACUUUGAUUCAGUGUUGUUAUAUUUUCUGGUCCUUUGGGAUCAUGGAGUCCAUUCGGUAGAAGGUAAUAGAGUUCUGCUUAAGCUGGUGCUAGGGCCGUGAAAGGUGUUCCACAUUUGAUUACCUCUCAUGAACAGACUCAGUCAAACUGAGGUCUGCUAUUGUUAUUUUUUUGGUUGCAUUCUAUGCUUUCAAGGGAUCUUUUUAUAGAUUUUAUUAAUGACAGACUGUUCCCAAAAUACAUGGCAGCCACUCAACACCUGACUUCAAUAUAUCUUUAUGUUUACUGGGAUGUGCUACAUUGUAAUAUUUAUAAACAUUGGGAGAUGUGAACAAGCUGUUUAAAUUGUUGUCAGUUAGAUGAAAAUCUUCCUCAUCUAUUAAAAUAUACCUUCUGUUACUUGUGCAUUGUAGACUGGUUUGUGAGAAGCUGAGGUUUUAUAUCUAAUUUCAUGCUAGAUUUUCAGGUAUGAACAUUGGUUGUUAGAUCUGUUGUGCUUUCAUUUUUACAGGUAUACUUAUUUCUGUUAUUAGUAAUAGUAUAUCAAUAUGUUAAGUUUGAAUAUCUACAUAUACUAUGGGCCAGUCAGUCAUAGAAGAAGUGCUCUCAUUUCUUCACAUAUCAGAAAUAGAGAAAACUUUAAUAUAUUGCAGGAAAAUGUUUAUUUGAUAUUCCAAAUCUAUUUAUUCUUCAGACAACUAAUAUUAGUCCCAAUGGCAGUUGUCAUUUGGCAUCCGGCCUAAUUUUGUCUCUUUGUGUUUUUUGGAUAAUCUUAAAGUAACUUUCAAUGAUAUUUCCCAUGACAGGUUGUUCAUGUCCAUCAGGUGAGCAGCCCAGGACCGUUUGGUCCUCUAGUUUUUUUGUGUUUUUUUUUUCAGAAAAUUGUCUCCUGUUCAGAUUGUACUUAAUUUACAUACUUUAUAUUAUUAAUUUUCUAAGAGAACAACAUGAAAUCCACUGAAGGGAAUGUUUUGUAACUUGAUACAAUUAUCUGCAUUGGUAAGAGGAAUAAAAAAAACUCAAUAACCGUAAUUUUGACCCAAUCAGCAAUUAAGCUAUCUCUCUUUUUAUACCACUUUUUUCAGUUUUAAACAUUUAAAGCAAUAACUUUGACUGCUUUGAAGGGAAUUUAAUGUAAAUAUUUUUAACAUUUUAUGAAUUAAGAGCUUUUUAUUCACUGAAGGUAAUUACAAAGAUAAUUUGCACACUACCCUGCUAAACUGGCAAUGUAUGCAUUACCCUUUUAUAAUGACAAUAUGCUCACUACUCUUGUUAAAAUGAUAAUGUUUCUAGAUUCCUCCUUAAAAAGAUGUAUUUUAGCAUUGUUAAAAAGUAACAAGUCUGUUAGCAUUUCUACGCCACACAAUAUGUAAUCAGGUUUUAAUAUAACUAUUACAGUAUAUAUGCGCCGUAAAACCCAAAUAAAAUAAAUUGAAUUUAAAAUCUU